CUGUGAUGUCCUUGGAAGUGGAUGCUGUGGGAUCAUUUCCAUAAACUAAUUGAAGAUAAUCAUUAAAUCCUCAUGGCCAUCACAUGUUUAAUGUCCUGCUUGUGGACGGUUGUGGUUGUUGCAGAGGAUGUUGACAUUGGAUUGGGAUCCUUGAGGAGCUCCACAAGGAUCAAGAGAAGAAUUUGGACUCUAUAAGGUUUGACACCAGUGGUUAAAGAUGUCACCCACAAGACCACUUCCCCCUGAGAACAACAGACUGGUGGAGCAGGUCAACAGGUCUCUGGCCACCCUGACCUUCGGUAGUAGCAAGACAGGAACUGGAGUCCUGUUCGGUCAUGUGGAAAUCCUCAGGUUGCACCACUGAAAGCCUUGUGCUUCAUGGGAAGUUGCACAUACUGGUGAAAGUGUUGAUUGGUCAGGCACCCAGCACAGAGCAGGCAGGCCUUGCUGGGACUGCUUGUGUCAAGGAGGUGGGGGGUGGCAGGACACUACAGACAGUUCUCCCAGAAGCCUCUGUCCCAGCAGAGUCCUGGCAGAAACAAGACUGUGACCUGCAUUACUAGGACAGGAAUUUCACCACAGGGGUACAUGUCUGGCUUAACUGGAAAACAGACCCGUGACCACUGAUGAAGAGGACGUUGAAGAUGAUGAGGAACAGCUGCAGAAUAGCUCCUGGGGCAGCUAUCCAUGGACUCCCAUAAUGCAAUAAUAUCCGCUCUUGGAGACCACCACAGCACCUCACUGCUUUAGACUGUAGUAUGGUGUGCUUGUGUAUCUCCAGCAGGGAUAUCUGUGCUGUACCCAGGCCUCAGGUAACUGGCAGACUGUGUGACCAGUGUGUCUCAUCCAGGUGUUCCAUGUGUUUGAGCAGUUAGGUGCUCUUGUUUUCUCAUUUAACCUUAAGGCGAUUAGAGCUCGUCAGAGAAAAGCCUCUAUUGCUAUUAAAAUCCUUUGGAUCUCUGCCACACGCAUUAAAAAAGUCUCCAUAUAUUAAAAUAAUUCUUCCACUCCAUAUUUGUUUACAAAUGCAGAUGCUUGUUUAUGAUGAUAAAAUAGAAGGAAGCUUUGUAUAUUUUUAUAUAUUGUGUACAUUAACGUAUUGCCUAUGCUGCAGAAGUACGGGUACAUUAGUUAGGGCUAUGGAUUCCUACAGUACCAUUUAAGGGUUCAAACCGGGUAAGGCACUGCUCUUAAACAAGAUGGUACGCUCAAAUAUCUUUAGUACGUUACCCAUCCGUGAUAUAGAGGCAAAGACUGGGUUGAGAAAGGUGAGAAAGUUAGUAAAUCACAUCGGCAAACGAAUAGGACAGAAAGCGUCAAAAGGUUGCCGCAUGUGGAAACAGACAUCCUGAUUAUUGUCAACAUUUUGGCGCCUCAACCCUGAAGCAUAAUCUGGGUGGAUCUCAGUAGCUUGUCUGGCAUUCUGCACAAAACAAAUACGGCACAAAACACAAAAAGAACAUUGAGAAAUAUUUGCAUUUCAAGGUUUCGAUUCCGCGGAAUCUAAGGUGAAAAACAAGGCUGCCGAGUCAAUAAAACCAGGUGCGUCCAGGGUUGUAACUAUUGUGUCGGUAAAUUUGAUGUGGAGCCCACUCCAUGUUGAAAAAGAAAGUAUGUUUAUUUUAGGGACCAUAUGAAGAAAAAUGAGUGAUACUGCAAGCCGAAGGAAGAAAAGGCAGAAGAGGUUUGGGGGCACUUCGCCACCAUUCCUUGACUACCUCAAAGAUAUUCUACGCAGGUAUCCAGACGGCGGGCAGAUACUGAAGGAGUUGAUACAGAACGCAGAUGAUGCCUGUGCCACAGAGGUGCUGUUUAUCUUUGAUGAGAGAACAUAUGGGAAUGAAGCCCUGUGGAGUGAGGACCUCAGAAAAUACCAAGGUGCUGCUCUCUAUACUUACAACAAUGCUGUCUUCUCUGAUGAGGACUGGCUAGGUAUUCAAUCAACUGGCAGGAGUAUCAAACGUAAUGAUCCAAAUAAAGUUGGCCGGUUUGGAAUUGGAUUCAACUCUGUCUAUCAUAUUACAGACUUGCCAACUAUAUUCAGUGCCGGACAUCUUGGCAUGCUGGACCCUCAGGAGACCAUUUUUGGUGAAAGAGAAGGAGGGAACAUAUGGUCUCUUGAUGACAGUGAGGACAGAGAAGAAUUGCUGAGUUUGCACGAUCAGUUCCAGCCACUCAAAGAUGUGUUAGAACAAGUCUGCGGCCAGAGGUGGGAAGAUGUCAUCAGUAAAGACCAACACUUUUCUGGCACGCUGUUUCGAUUUCCCUUGCGUGACAAGCCAUCGGAGAUCUCACCAAAUUUGUACACCUCGGAAAAAAUUACUCAGCUCUUUGAUAGCUUCAGUGCCGAUGCGGACAUGAGUCUCCUUUUUUUGAGAAAUGUCACUGCAGUCUCAUUAAUACACGUAAACAGCCAGGGCAGUGUCAACGUCCAUCUCAAGGUAACUGCAUCAAAGCCCCAUAUCAGUGAAAUUUUGGAACCAAGAAAUGAUGUACAGGCAGAGGCUUCAACAUGGUUGAAACAUAUUUCGUACCAUUCUUCAAAUGACAGAGAAACCCAAAAACAAUGGCUUGUGACAUCUUGUUGCAUGAAGAAAGGACAUGUGCAACAACUUGACUCACUUGCAGAGAAGUUAUGUUUUUCUCCUCAAGUAAGCCUAGCAUUCCCCCUUGACAAAGAGGAAGGGUCGUUCAAUGGACGACUGAGCUGUUUCCUGCCUCUGCCUAACAAUGAACCCAACAAGACUGGAUUUCCUCUUCAUGUCAAUGCCUGUUUUGGUCUCACGGACAAUAGGAGGCACAUUAAGUGGCAGGAAGAAGACCAGAAGUAUGAUGAAUCAGCUCAGUGGAAUGAGUUGUUAGUACAGAUGGUUCUUCCUCUUGCCUACCUUCAGAUCAUCCUGGAUGCCAUUAACUUAUCAACACACUCCCUUCUACCAGCCUCCACUGUGUAUGAGCUGUGGCCAGACAUCAGUCAAAUGAAAGACAAAGAAAGGUGGACGGGAGUCACAAUCGAAAUCUUCCAACACCUCCUUCAGCUGAAUGUUUUGUUUCUAGCAGGAGAUGAAAAGCAGUGUGUAAAAGCAGCAGAGGCUGUGUUUUUGCCUCCAGAUGACAAAGACACUUCUAUGAUGAAAGUCAUUGCUGAUCUUCUAAUCAAGGAGGGACAACUCCUAGUCAAAAUUCCAUCCCACAUAUUAGGAGCAAUCCAGUCUGUGUUUAAGAACCCGCAGUCACUGACAUUCGUCACUCCUGAUUUGAUUCGAAGAGUCCUCCACAAAAGCAACCUGAGCGGACUGUCUAACGAAGACAUACUGUUUCUUCUGGAGUAUGUUCUGAGUGAUGGGUGCUACCAUGAUCUCAGAGGGCUUCAGCUCAUUCCUCUUAGUGACGGAUCCUUCAGAACCUUUGGAGAAGAAUUAGUAACUUUGAUCGAAAAUGAGGAGUUCCCAAGAGUUCUACUUCCUCAACUUGAACAUUUAUUUUUACCCAAGGAUAUUAGAUCUGGCAUUCUGCACCACUUGAAGAAAAUUGCGGAAAACAGUAAGACUUUAUUUGUGUUUAUUUAGUAAAAAUGGUAGAAAUCAGAUAUAUAUAAGUAUGAUAUAUAUUUUAGAUGAUUCUGUGAUCUAAAUAACCCUUCAAGAUCAUGAAUAUUAGAAGAUGGGACCCAGAAACUAAAUUUUGGGCUUUGUUUUCAGUUAAUUAUGAUAAUGAAAUAAGGAACCCUAAAAUAUUAGCAU